AUGUCCCCAAUUGCUCCUCUGUUGUUGCUGCUUGGCCUCCGUCCGUCUGAUGCCCAGCUCUGCACGGCUGGAGCUUGCGAUGAUGCUUCGCUACUGCAAUCUGAAACAGCGACGAGGUUUGCGAGCACUGGUCAGCUGGAGACGCUUAGACUGAGAGCCGAUCUUCUGGCCGGCCUGACCGUCGCGACCCUGGACUCCACCGUGCCUCAGCAUUUCCUCUUCUACGUUCCGCUGGCGGAGAACAAGAAGCAUUCCCUUGAGAGCUACAAAAGCAGCCUGGGCCAGAUCUGCAGCUUUGUAUCCUCCACCGAUAUGCACAAUGUCGGCCUCGUCGGGGACGUCGAUUCCAUCGGCUCGAUGGCUUCAUCCUGCGGAAAGUUCACACACGGGCAGAGUAUGAUGGUGACGGACCUGGAGUACGAUGAUGUUGUCGCCCGGAUUCCUGCCGAUGGGUCAUGCAACUUGAAGUGGCAUCCAGAAGGACCUGCGCUGCAGCGUGAUGUUGUGAAGAUCUGGUUGAACAAGCUGCCAGUACUUUGCAAGUACGCAGCCGAAAGACCCGAUGCUGUGACGACACUCAUCGAUGCCAACGCAGACAUCAAUAUGCUGCGCUGGGCCAACACGACCGCUCAAGAGCUACAGCGUGGCAAGCUUGGCGUGCGAUACUAUUUUAAGACGCCGCGACAAUCCACUUGGUUUGGCCGCAAGGAAUGCAAUCAAACCCUGAUGGUUUGGGCGAAGUAUUUGGCUGUGCACGGCUCCGAUUGCCCCAAGCUCAUGCAGGCGUACGACCAGGUCUUGGCUGCUACCCGUGACCAUGGCCGGGAUCCAACCUGUCCGUGCUUCGAUGAAGAGUACCUUCUGUCGUGGCUCUAUGAGCAGCGGCCCGAACUUUUCCAGCUCCAGGGAGCGCCUUUCCGCUGA